ACGCUUGGUGUUGGGGGCCGUGGGGGCGCUGCCGCUUCGCCUGAGCGGGAAGUGUUCGUGACUGCUGGGUACGCUUGCCUGGCCCGGGCUCUGGAGGCGUGCUCUGCAUUCGCACUGCCUGUUGGGCCCAUCAUGAGGCGCUUAGGUUCGGUGCAGCGGAAAAUGCCGUGUGUGUUUGUGACGGAGGUGAAAGAGGAGCCCUCCACCAAAAGGGAGCAUCAGCCAUUUAAAGUUUUGGCAACUGAAACUCUAAGUCACAAGGCAUUAGAUGCAGAUAUAUACAGUGCACUUCCAACAGAAAAAGUGGAUGGAACAUGUUGCUAUAUUACUACCUACAAAGGUCAGCCAUACCUUUGGGCUCGGCUAGAUAGAAAACCUAACAAACUAGCUGAGAAAAAAUUUAAAAAUUAUUUACAAUCAAAACAAAACUCAAAAGAAUUUUUUUGGAAUGUUGAGGAGGACUUCAAACCUGUUCCAGAGUGCUGGAUACCAGCGAAGGAAAUAGAACAAUUAAAUGGGAAUCCGAUGCCUGAUGAAAAUGGACACAUUCCUGGUUGGGUACCAGUGGAGAAACACAACAAACAGUACUGUUGGCAUUCCUCUGUAGUUAAUUAUGAAUUCGAAGUUGCCCUGAUACUGCAGCAUCAUCCUGAUGAUCCUGGGCUUCUGGAAAUUAGUGCAGUGCCGCUCUCAGAUCUCCUAGAGCAAACACUAGAACUUAUAGGAACAAAUAUUAAUGGAAACCCGUAUGGGCUAGGAAGCAAGAAGCAUCCAUUACAUCUUCUUAUACCACAUGGGGCAUUUCAAAUCAGAAAUCUACCUACCUUGAAGCACAACGAUCUGUUAUCCUGGUUUGAAGGUUGCAGAGAGGGUAAAAUUGAAGGAAUAGUAUGGCAUUGUAACGAUGGCUGUUUAAUCAAGGUUCAUCGCCAUCAUCUUGGUUUAUGCUGGCCAAUACCAGAUACUUAUAUGAAUUCAAAACCAGUUAUCAUCAACAUGAACCUGAACAAGUAUGACCAUGCCUUUGAUACUAAGUGUUUGUUUAGUCUCUUUUCAAAAAUAGAUAAUCAGAAAUUUGGUAGACUCAAAGAUAUAAUACUUGAUGUAUAAACUAGAAAUGCAAUUUAGAACCAGCUUUACUGUUAUCUUUGAAUCUUGAAUAUUCUACCACAUGUUGAAGGUAAAAAAAAUCUCAAGGUUCCAUGUCUAAUAGAGCAAUAUGUCUUCUGGCAUUUGAAGACAUGAAUUUCCCAGUUGCAAAGGUCUAUUCAAAAUUUUAUUUAGAACCAGCAAAUGAAUUUCAACCACUAGACUUAAAAAUGUAAUGUAAUAAUAAGCUCCCUACCUUGUACAAAAGUUGGAUAAAGACAGCAGUUAAACCAACAGUUCUGGAUCAGUAGUUAAAAAUUAAAUAGUUCAAGAUGAAUUUAUUCUAAACACUUAAUAAAACAUAUGGCUGUAAUCUCAUAACAUGUUUAUAUACAUGUACAUAUAUAUAAAACUUGAGUCUUAAUACACAUACAAAUAAGUAUAAAACCCCAAUUUUAAAUGUUAAGUUAUUAAAGCUCACUCUAUACUCUUUAAAGAACAAACAUUAUGUAUACAAAAUUCAUCAUAGUUUAUUUGAUAGUCAUAACUUACUCUGAAAAUCAAAAAUAUACUUUUAUGUUUAAAAUUUCAUAUAAUUAUAUUUACUAAAACUUAAAUUUAGUAAAGGUACAGGGUAUGAAGAAGGAAAUCAUGUAGGUCUGAGACCUGCUUGAUUUACAGAUGGAGUUUUAACUUAUAAAGUUAAUAGUUAGGUAAAACUACAGGUAGAGGUGUCCUUAAUAAAUGGGGAGAUCAGCAGGACUUUCCUCUUCAUCUUCAAACUGUUCAGAAGCAGCAACAGGACUACUUAAUUCAACUCCAUAUUGUUCAGAAAGUUUUUUUAACUUUUCUUCUAAGAGAAUACUCUUUUUCACUUCUUCUUUAUAAUUAUACUUCAGAUCUUCAAUUUCUUCAAAAAAUGAAGGAUCAAAGUUUUCCAGUUCUUUUUGCAGCUUUUUUAUUUCCUCCUAAUAGAAACAUGGUAUCUUUGAAAGGUAUGUAGGAAUACAAUAUAUUCUUUAGAUUUGAACUAAAAAGAGACUUAAUUACAAACAUAAAAUCCAAAGUAACCUGAAUAAUCUAAUAUACUUAUAUACUAUAGAGGCAGAAGUAUUUUCUUAGAAAGGAAGGUUUCAUUGUACAGCGUAACUAACUUAGCUAGUAAGUUAAAUUAUUUGUUCUGUAAGUUAUGUCCUAGUUUUUGACUAAAAUUUAUCAGUUCUUAAACGGGUAGGGGAGGGGCGGCAUUUAAUCUUCCUCCAAAAGUAUAUCAGAUACUCUCAUUGAGGAAAUCAAAAAGACUUGGCUAUUCACAACACAAGUUAUUUUGGUUAAGAUUCUUUGGUUUAGGCUUCAUUUAUAUUUUCUUUACAAAUACCUAUUUUUUUUAAGUGAAUAAUAAUCAACUUCUUAUAAAUAUAUUUAUAAUAGGGAAACUCUAGGACUUCUACCUGGCUAAAGAGGCAUCUGGUGAAGAGACAAUUUGAACUUUAGAAUAGCUAGUGAUCACUAGUUAAUUCUUCAACUUAUGCUCUUUUCUGUUUAUAGAUUCUUUGAGAGAUAUAAAGCAUGGCAAAUACCUUUCUUUAAUAAAGGGAGCUAUUCCCAAAAAGAACUUCAAAAGGAAAUAAAAGACAUUAUUCCCAAUGUCACCCAAAACUUAAUAUUAAAAUAAUGAGCUACAUUUGUUAAGAAUCAAAAAAUAAAUUUCUCUUUAAUCCUG